AUUUCUUUGUUCGCUUAAACUUAUUCCUUCCUCAUGUCGGAACGGCCGUCCCGUCCAUCCAGUCCACACUUGGAGGUUCCCCCGAAAGGCGUGGAGUUGGAGGAUCCCGGGACUCAGGACUCAGUGAACAAUAGUGACGAAGAACACUUCUCAGACGCUAGCGAGGGCCGCGAACGAUCCGAUUCACAACCGCUGUCCGAUCGUGCAUCCCCUGUCCCGCUGACUCGGGUGGAAAGGGUCGACGAUAAUCCCGCAUAUGGCGAAGUCCCCGGAACGUCCGCAUACGAAAUAAGGGAGCGGGAUGCAAUCCCUGAUCAAAUCGAGGUCAUCCCCGAAGGGUCUCGUAGCCGAAGUGCUUCGACUGCGGGGCCGUCCCGCCGUCCGUCAGAUGCCGGGGAAUCCGCCAUCCCCCGGACUGUGGUGGAAGUAGUCAAUCCGGAUGAGCCGAGCCACGGGGACGUCCCUGGGACCUUGGCUUAUGAACAGCGCAAAGCGGAUGCCGUCCCCGACGUGGUGAUGACUACGCCUGGCCCCUCACCGUCACUCAGCCCGGAGUCAAAUGCGGCCGAUGUGGAGGUCCCUGAAACGGUGCUCUCGAGGGUAGAUUCCUCUCCCGAGCAGGACGAAUCACCUCACCCGCGGGCUCAUCAAAGAAAACCAAGCGAUGCACUGCCAGAUGUGACGGAGACGGUCCCAGAUGCACCAGACCCGCCAUCCUCACCACAGCUCGUUUCUCAAGACCAUGAUGAACCUGAACCUUCCCCAGAAGGCGACAAUGAGACAGCGGAUGCCGAGCCCGCAGACGAAUUUGAUGACUUCGCCGAAGAACAGGAGAUGGGCGAAGAUGACUUUGGGGACUUUGAUGACUUCGAUGACGGCUUCCAGGAGCCAGAGCCGGUCCCUUCUCAGCCUCCCACUCCACCCUCCGUUCCACCAUUAUUAGACUUCGACUCACUCCAAUCCCUCCCCGACCUAUACGCCGCUCUGGACGAACCCCUAGACCACCUAUUCCCCACCACAAAAGAAAUCGCAUCCCUCCCCCCAGUAGAACCGAUCCAGAACUCCUCCGCCAUCUUCAACACCGAGCGCUCCCUGUCCCUAUGGUCGCAGCUGGUCGCACCUCCCCCACUGCAGCCCCAAAACUGGGUGAAAUCGCGGAUCCGCCGACUCUUCCUCGUCUCGCUCGGCGUCCCCGUCGACCUAGACGAGAUCCUACCAGCCUCGAAACAAAAGAAGCUGGUCCUCCCCUCAAUCAACACAGGCUUCGAACCACGACUCUCCGGCAACCACUCACGCUCAGGGAGCCGCGCCCGCGGCUCUCAACCCGACAGCCCGUCCACCACCUCGCGCUAUCGCACAUCCCGCCGACGAGAACCAUCUCCUCCGCCCGAACUCGACCUCCCCUCCGUCCACCGGCUCUGCGCCACGACAGACGCCGCCCUCGACGGAAUGACAGACCCGGAACUGAAGGGCCACGUCAAAGAAGUCGAACAGGUGACGCUGCGCGCCAGCUCCGUCCUCGAGUAUUGGCUCAAGCGACGGGACGGUCUCGUCAGCGAGAAGGAAGCCUUUGAGGGCGUGAUCGAGAAUUUGGUCAGUCAUGCCCGACGGGUCCGAAAAUAAUUAUAAUGUACAGAAAGAACCUUUAUGAAUUUCUACUUCUUGAUCCCCUUCCCUACUGGUAAAGCUCCAGUUGGGAGGGGGGAGUUAUUAAAUAUAUCUUUUUUUAUUCAAUACACUAC